AGAACCAACUUGACCGAGACAUUUGCCGUGAAGAUCGCGAAUGAUCGUGAGUCACGUUAGUUACGAGGGAUACAGAAGUGUAUUUCGGAAUUAAAUAGGAGAUUCAAGAUGGAAGACGGUGACAAUAAAGUUGAAAUCGAAAUAAAUGAAGAUAGAAAGUCCUAUGCCGGCAUACCGGAAGCCGAUUUUGUCGAUGAUGUCGAAGCUUUUAUGGCAAAGCCAGAGAAUGAGUCUGUGGACAAAGUACUCAGGAAGCUCGAUGAGAGUCAUGGAAAAUACAAGUUUAUGGAGUUCAACCUUGUCAACAAACGAAGACGCUUAAAAUCACAGAUACCAGACUUAGAAAGAUCUUUAGAAAUGAUUGAGAAACUACAACGUGAGAAAGAUGGUUUAGAAACGCAAUUUUUAUUAUCAGAACAGGUUUAUGCAAAAGCUAUAAUACCACCCACUGACAAAGUAUGUUUAUGGCUGGGUGCUAAUGUCAUGCUAGAAUAUACCUUAGAUGAUGCGCAAGAAGUGCUGACCAAAAAUAUUGAGGCGGCCAAAAAGAAUUUAGCAUAUGUAGAGCAUGAUCUGGAUUUUGUUCGAGAUCAAUAUACUACCAUGGAAGUAAAUAUGGCACGUAUCUAUAAUUGGGAAGUUAAACGCAGACAAGCAGCAAAGCCAACAUGAGAUAAUCAGUCUUAUUUAUGCUCGGAUUUGCCUAAAACUACCAAGAGAAUAUUUACAUAUUAUGAAGAAUAAAGUUUGUCAAUACACCAUUGAAAUUCUUGGAAAGACUUAGAAAAGACUCAAUUUAUUUAGCUACAAACUCUUGUCACACAUUUUAAUAUUUAUAUAUGUUGCUAUAAAUAUUUAGAUAUUUAAACUUUUGUAACAUCAGUUACUAGAAAUAGUAUUUUUCAUUUAUUAUCCUUCACAAAUUGAAUUUAUUAAUUUACGAUGUAUCUAUCUGCAUGAAUCUUAAUAAAACUAUUCUAUUCUGAU